CAGGGAGACGCUAGAAGACCUGAGAGACGCAUCUGUCCGUGUCUGCACAGGGACCGCUUCUCAGUUCAGCCUUGUCUCUUACGGAAUUUUGUGAGGGCUAAUGAUGGGGGCGUGAUGCAGCCAAGCUGUUAACCUCAAGGGGAAUUCGGUGGAACUUCUGCUGAAAGGGGACAUAAAGACUCCAUAUUAUGCUCUAUGUAACACUCCGUUCUACUCUAUUAGAGCUCCAUUAAGUCUCACAGAGUAAAUGCCAAAACGCGUUUUACUGACACGAACAUUGUACAAGACAAAGCACUGAGCUGCUGACUGUUCAGCAUCACUAGGGUUAAUUAGUCACUGGUUUCAAUCCGGCACGUCACUCGCACAGAUGUUAGUUCCGCGGGGCCGCCGGGUCUCAGUGGGUGACGGAAGGAGAAUGUUACAACGAGCAAAUGGGAGUCUGUCUGCUUUCUCUUAGAGUCACAUAUUCCCUGUCAUGCCCUGUCUCCAGCCUGCUUGCAAACCCAGCUGCCAGUGCAUGGGAGUAUCGUAUACAUCAAUUGCUUAUUAUUGCUGCUUCUUUUAUACGGGCUUUCCUAUGUGUCUAACUGCAAAGCGUCUUACCUUGGCAAGCAUUUAAACGUGGGCAGCUGUAAUCUCUUUUUUACUUGCUGUUAACACCCAGCCCCAGGGAUCAAAUUUAACCCCUUUGUAAAGUCGCCUUAAACCCAAAAGCAUAGGCAUUUUAUAUACAAGAUCUUCUUUAUAAUAUAUUUACAACAAAAGACAUCAGCCAGAAGCGCACAGCUCUGGGGCAAUCUAUAUAGCCAUAGAUAUUUAGAUACACAAACACACACACAUUUAUAUAUAUAUAAUAGGUGGGUUAGAGCCAGUGUGCUGCCAAUCAACAAGGGGGUGGUUUCCAGGAGUUAGUAAGAUAGCCACACCCACCUACCAUUUCAGAAAAGGCACAGAGCAGAGAAGAUAACAAAAUGCACUGCAAAAACUCCUAAUUUCAUAGGCUGCAGGAUUACAUACAGGGAUGUAAAAUUGUGGAAUGGAGUUUAAAGAGAGUUCACCGUCCAAGCUCCUGGCUAGAUGGAGUGUUACUGCUGCUCGGCGCACCACACAUGACUGAUUGGAUCACUUGUGAUACAUACGCAAGCUAACAGGGACAGGUCGUCUUCCAAGGUGAUGGCAAGGAACAGUGCCUGGGAAAGGUGCCUGGCUUGAAUGCCCCCAGCCAACAGGAGAAUUUGAUUCACCCAAAGGGACUGGAAACUGGCCCAGGUCACAGAUCUGGAAAUAUCAAAGCGUACCCAAAAGGAUCAAACAAAUAAUCCACACACAGGGAGAAGAUGCCAUUCCACCAUGUGACUGCUGGCCUGUUAUACAAAGGAAAUAACUAUCUGAAUCGAUCACUUUCCACUGGUAGUGAUAGUGAACAGCUUGCCAACAUCUCAGUGGAAGAACUAGAUGAGAUACGGGAAGCUUUCAGAGUAUUGGAUCGGGAUGGUAAUGGAUUUAUUUCCAAACAAGAGCUGGGCAUGGCCAUGCGAUCCUUGGGUUACAUGCCCAGUGAAGUAGAAUUGGCAAUCAUCAUGCAGCGACUUGAUAUGGAUGGGGAUGGUCAGGUUGAUUUUGACGAAUUUGUGACAAUUCUUGGUCCUAAAUUAGUAUCCACAGAAGGCAGAGACGGAUUUCUUGGAAAUACCAUAGAUAGUAUAUUUUGGCAGUUUGAUAUGCAAAGAAUAACACUAGAAGAACUUAAGCACAUUUUGUAUCAUGCAUUUCGGGAUCACUUAACAAUGAAGGAUAUUGAAAACAUUAUCAUCAACGAAGAGGAAAGUUUAAAUGAAAACUCUGGCAACUGUCAAACAGAGUUUGAAGGAGUGCAUUCUCAGAAGCAAAACAGGCAGACGUGUGUACGGAAAAGCCUUAUAUGUGCAUUUGCAAUGGCAUUUAUUAUAAGUGUAAUGUUGAUUGCAGCCAAUCAGAUUCUUCGAAGUGGUAUGGAGUAAGCCUUUCACCACAACACUGUGAACAAGAAUAUACAUGCAUGCGCAUGCCUAGGUGAACUCUUUUCUUAAUGAAUAACUAAUGGGAACUAACUGCAAGAAGAAUCGUUCUGCAAGCAAUACAAGGCCAGCCGUGAUGUGACUUGCAGAGCAAUUAAAACUUCUUGACAGGGACACAAAAGGGCUGUCUUUAAUGCUUUAAUGGUUUUGUUUCCUAAUGCAAUAAACAAACAGGAGUUCUGAAUUUUAUUUUCAAAGUAUUGUAAUAUUAUUUGCAUUUUUAUGUGCAUAAGCCCAUAAGUGCAAUGUUUCGCUUUUAGGACAAUGUCAAUGGACCACACCAAUUCUUGCAUAAGGGGUAUAUCGAUUGCACUAGUCAGUUAAGAAUUUAUUAAAGGGGAUGUCCACCCAAAUGUUACAUCAAUUUAAAUUGUCUAUGGAGGUUUUGAUUCAUCCAGGUCAUGCUAUCCAGUAUCUAGUAGUGAACAGUCUAAAGCAACUGGACUUUCUGAGUAAUCUUGAAAAUGUUCCACAGCUCAUCUGAUCAGCUUCUUUUGUACUUUUGGACAAUUCCAUUAGUUGGGGUCAAAUGUUUUCAAAAUUACUCAAAUAGCCUGUUUGCCUUAGACCUAUCACUAUUACAUAUUUAUCAAAAAUUGUUAAAAGUGUACAAUUAUUUGUAAGGGUAAUUGCAACUGAGUACCUUCUGUCUUAAAAUUCCCUCCUCUCCUUUUCCUUUCUACUUAUACAGUCAGCUUUCCUCCAGCCAAAACUCCAAUUCCCACAUUGUUGUGUAUGUUCCGUGGAACUGCAAACUGCCCAAAAGGAGAAUAAUAGAGGCAAGCAAGAUAAUGUGGGAACUGCAGUCUCGGCUGCAAAAGUGUUGAUUUCCGAUACAUUCUUUAUGUAGUCUGGAAAACUGAGAAUGCAAUAACAAAAGGCAAACAGGACAUGUUUUCAACUGCAAUUAUAUUUACAAAUACUUUUAAAAUUGUAUUUUGGACUUCCAUUUAAUGGCAACCAAGGUAAAUUUGUCUAUCAGCGAUUCACUUUCUUUUAUAUAUCCAUGGGAUCAGCCAGCUUUAUGUAUUACAGUGGUAUUGAUUUUAUGUCACCUGUUAUUGGGGCCAGUGCUUCGGCAAUAUUUUUACUCUCUAAAAUCCAGGGAAAUUUUAACUUUAAAUUUAAACAAAAUAGAAAUAUCAGACUAAAAACUCAAUUUCUGAAAAAAAAACGUUUACAAAAGCCAAGGGUUUUCAUAUUUAGUACCAAUGUAUAAUUUCUUUAGAAAAGUCUUAAUUAGUAACAAGUAUGCUCACUGGUCAGCUGAUAUAUUUAUAUAGAUACAGUUUUUGAGUUUAAGCUGUUUUGCAGGGCCUGGGAAUAAUUACUGGAAGAUAUGUGAAAAUGCUAUUUUAAUUAUAAUGUAUGAAAUUCACAUUUGAGGCAGGGUUGAGAGAGGAAAACUAAUGUCUCUCAAAAUUUGCCUGUUUACUGUAGUUCCAAAUUGCAGAAAACUGGCAUGCACUCCUUAGUCCUCUAUAAAACUUGUCCUUUUCCUGACAGGUUUCGUAUUUAAAAAUAUAGUAGUAUAGUGCCUAUAGUGCCUAUUACUACAUGUUUUUGAAUAUGAAACGCGUCAGGACUUCUUUUAUAGUUUUAUAGUGGACUAAGGAGUGUGUGCCAGCUUUCUGCAAUUUGGUUCUAUGCUACACCCCAAGCUACGGCUUUGGGGCGCUUUACCCAAGCCACUAUAUUUCCUUGGUAAGUGCAGUAUUCCUUUGAUUUUGCUGAAGUUGUUUGAAGUAUUGAGUUGGAGGUGGAGGGUCUGGGAUUUUCACACCCAGACCAGUCAAAUUACUGGGUGAGCUACCGGUUUUAACAAGUUUGGUUCAUGUGAAGAGCCCAGGGUUUAUACACUUGGGCUAUUAUCAAUUAACGGUGAGCCCUUAGAAAGACUCCCCUUUUGAGUGUAAAACUAAAAAAACUGAGCCACUUAUUUGGGUGUUUACUGUAGUUGCAUAAAUUCCAUUAAGAUCCAGGUCAUUACUACCUUAUUUCAACAAGUUUUCAUGAGCUAUUUUGUAGAAGUUCUUACUUUUAAUUACCAUUGUAAAUCCAGUGAUGAUAUUGUUGUAUGGCAGCUAAAAAAAGAUAAACUGCAAGAUAUGGAACUGAAUUAUAUUUUUAUAAGCUUCAUUAACUUCUAACUUUAAGAAACAUCUCUACUCUAACACCACCAUUUUUAUGUAGAUGAGCUCCAUUAAGACCACUGAAGAUGGAGUUUGAAAGGAUCAGUUUUAGAUAAAUUUUGGUAUUUUAUAGUUAAUUUAUCAAUCAUUUUAUUAAGGGUGAAAAAUAAGAUCUCACUGAGCUGUUCAUUUUUAUUUAAUAUGCCAUUUCCUGCUUAUAACUGCACAGUGAGAACACGCUUUUCUUUUAUUUCUUUCCAGCCAUAAACUCCCAAAUCAUUACCUUUGUGAGUUUUCCGAAGAAAAAUUCUCUAUUUGUUAUAAAAGAGAACCACUGCUAAUAUUAUAACCUCUUUACAGAUUAUUAAUGAUUAUCAUAAAUGCUGUUUAUUCCUGUUGGACCAAGUUUUGAUGAGAAAGCCUGUACAUCUCAAAUCAAUAAAUAUUAAAGGGGAAUUCACAAUUAUAUUAACUUUUUAGCAACAUUUCAUAUACUGUUAGUUUGUUUAUACAGUUUCUGAAUUAUUAGCCAUCUAGUUCCUCUCUUUUCAGAAUCUAAAUGUGGUUUUAACUGCUAUCUUAUUGCUGGAGGUCACUGACUCCCACAACAAAAGUCUCAUGGUCGGUGGUGCUACAGAGUUGCUAAAGAGUAAUAAGUAGUUAUUUAUAUGUAAACAACCAACUUUACUUAUUUCAGUUAUUCAUUGAAUUACUUUAUUUAUCUGCCAACAGCAUUACAGUGUAAAGUGCUCUAAGUUGGUCAAAAAGUGAAUGUUUUAAAAAAAAUAACACUUAUAGAUUCUAAAGGAUAAUGUACCCCCUAUUAAAACUGAUAAGACUAUUAAGUCAACCCUAAAUUCAGUGACCUAUAUAAAAGCACACAGCCUGUGGCCUCAUGCUUACAAUAUGUAAUAUUGUUUAUUAGUUAACAACUAGUUAAUUUUGUUUCUAUCCCAAGAUCAAUUUAUUCUCCAGUAGGAUGUUUUUUUUAAAAAAAUCUGCUUGUUGGGGGUAAUUCCCUCUAAUUACUGUUGCCCACAACACCAGUUUUGCCAGACCCUCUUGAUGGUUUUCAACACUUUCUCGAUCUGUGCUGAUACACCCCUUGCUAGGACUUUUAGCUGCCCAUACUUACUGGCCUGAACUGCAUCACAACUACCCUAUGCUGGCUUAACCACCCCUUCUUUACUCACUAGGGUGCUAGUAAAACUCAUUUUAUUGCAUUCACUAGGGUGGGAUGAUAUUAAUAACUGUCAUAUACAAUAGAUCUGAAUAACGUAGAAAUUUAUAUCAAUUUUACUAAAAGAAAAGGCAUUUUAUUUUGCACCUAAAAUAUUGGCAUUUUUUUGCUGUUCACAACUGUUG